ACUAAGGCUUUUGCUCUUUUCCUUAUAAUACGUUAGCUUUCAACUCUCUCGCUUAUCUCGCUUAUCCAUUAAAAAAAAAAAAGAAUAGGAAAAGUGUCUUUCAACUCACUCCUUCUUCAGGUUUAUAUCUUGCUCAGGAAGCACUUAGCAUCAUCAAUCAUUGAUUCAAGAGUUGGGGUUUCAGGUUACUUUUCGUGGACAUUUCAACAAGGCGCAAUUCAUAGAGAAGAAGAAGUGUCAUUUUCCAAUACCCAGUUGGGUGUUAUUGAAGCUACCCAACUUUCAUGUUUGCAGCCUUUGAUUCUACAGCAAUUUUCAGCCUCUCCAUAACCCUUUUGUCACUUCCAUUUCGGACAUUUAUAUUCUUCAAGCUAUAGUUUGUGCUAUUUUUUUUUUAAAAAAAAAUUUAUUAUCAAAAUGGAAAAGACCGUUGAUUGGGAGCAAACGGCUCUGAUCAGUGAGCUGAAUCAGGGGAAGGAGCUAGCAAAGCAGCUCCUGAACCAUCUCCACCCUUCUUCAUCGAAUGAAACACGUGAAUUCUUGGUUUCGAAGAUACUUUCUUGCUAUGAGAAAGCGCUUUCAUCGCUAAAUUGGGGAGAGCAGCCCAAGCCCAUGACCAGCAUCCUGGAAUCGCCGCGUUCUUUUGCCAACAGCAGCCCGAGAAGUGCGGGUUCUGACCAGGAUUCUAAGCACAGAGAUGUCUACAAGAAAAGGAAGACAUUGCCCCGAUGGACGGAGCAAGUAAAGGUUUGCUCUGGAACAGGGCUGGAAGGGCCGGUUGACGAUGGUUACAGCUGGAGAAAAUAUGGGCAGAAGGACAUCCUCGGAGCUAACUUUCCGAGGGGCUACUAUAGAUGCACACAUCGACAUGGGCAGGGGUGUUUGGCAACAAAGUUAGUUCAGAGAUCGGAUGAAGACCCAAAUAUCCUCGAGGUAACAUAUCGAGGGCGGCACACGUGUAGCCAAUCCUCUCGUUUAAACGUGGCAUCGGCACCGUUGAAAAGUCCAAGGUUAACAGAGAACAAGAAUAAUCAUCAUCAUCAUCAUCAUCACGCACAACAACAAAAACUCAAAGAAAAACCAGCACAGGAAAUUGGAUGCAAUGUUGCAGCUCGGCUUACAGUUAAGACUGAGGGGUUGGAGGCCAGGGAGGAGGAUGACAUAUUUCCGUCAUUUUCCUUUUCUUUAACACCAAUUGGAUCCGAAAAUGAGGACGCCAUUCUUUUCUGUGAGUCCAUGUUGGAGAACAAUUUCAUGGGUAGUCUUUCUCCGACGUUUUUGUCGCCGGCGACAUCUGAUUCCAACAUGUUUCCGAUGUCUCCAUUCUCAGAAGAGGUGCUGGCAAUAGAGAAGCUCUAG